UAGCGUAUCGCGUAUCCGAUACGUAUCAGAUACGGAUACGUACCGGAUACGCGAUGGAUACGUAUCCUCCGAGUAUCCGAAUUAUUAUUAUUAUCGCGAUUAUUGGAUACGUGGGCCGAUACGUAUCGGGCCUGAGGAUACGGCCCAGCCCACUAAGAAGGCUCCUUAUCUCCCCGACGCCCAACCUGCCGCACUCCCCGACGCCCUGACGCCCUAACCUCCUCGCGCCGCAUCUCCGCCUGGGGACGAGCCUCCGCUCGCCGGCCGCCGGCCACCGGCGACGAGCCUCCGCGUCGGCUCGCCGGCGACGAGCCUCCGUCCCUUCUCACCCGCCGGCCGCCAACAACGAGCUUCUGCCCCUGCUCGCCUGGUGACGAGCCUCCGCCUUUGCUCGCCGGCCGCCGGCCACUGGCGACGUGCCUCCGCGUCGGCUCACCAGCGACGAGCCUCCGUCGCUUCUCACCCGCCGGCCGCCAACGACGAGCUUCCGCCCCUGCGAUACGGAUCCAAGCUCCAGCGAACUCCCUAGAUGGCAUCCCCAAAUAUGAGUAGUGCUAGUGCAGGUGCAAGUGCAAGUGCUAGUGCUAGCAUAGGAUCUGAAGCCACACACACAAUAGACAUCAAGGCUCCACUUUGGGAUCAUGUCACCAUUCUGGAGAAGGCUAAAACUGGUGGAGGAAAUACUUUAUGGCGCUGCAAGUAUUGUACAAUGGAAAAACUGAGUAGUUACACUAGAGUUGAAGCUCAUUUGCUGCAGAAGGGAAGACUGGGAAUAAGUAAAUGUCCUAAUGUUACAUAUGAAAUGCUUAGUGACAUGAGGAAGGAAGUUGAAAGGUGCAAGGAUUUGGUGGAAAGAUCGAAGACAAGAACUGUUUCUUUGCCUACUGCUCCUUCCUCAAGCAAUACUGCUGACACCAACAAGAGGAACAAGAGGGGGCCUGUUUCUGCAUUGGAAAAAGCUUGGGCAUUAGAAGACCGUAAGCACUUGGAUGCUUUAAUUUGUAGAGCAAUUUAUUCUGGAGGGGUAUCUUUCAAUUUUCUGAGAAAUCCAUACCUUCGAGAAGCCUUUGCCUUUGCUUACAGCCGCAACAUGCAAGGUUAUUUGAUUCCUGGUUACAACAGAGCUAGGGAGGGACUUCUGAAGCAAGAAAGGAGGCACCUAGAGACUUUGUUGGACAGCACAAAGAGCACAUGGGCUGAGAAGGGAGUCACAAUCUGCUCUGAUGGUUGGUCAGAUCCUCAGAGGCGACCAAUCAUCAAUUUUGUUGUUGUUUCUGACAAGGCACCUAUGUUCUUGAGGGCUGAUAAUUGUGAAGGUGAGUACAAAUCAAAAGAAUACAUUGCUGAAAAGUUGAAGGGUAUAAUUGAAGAAGUAGGUCGACAAAAUGUAGUGCAAAUCAUUACAGACAAUGCUGCAAAUUGCAAAGGUGCUGGUCUCAUAAUAGAAUCUGAGUAUGACAACAUAUUUUGGACACCAUGUGUUGUGCAUACCCUCAAUCUUGCUUUGAAAAGUAUAUGUGAACCUAAAAUACGAGACAACCCUUCUGAUGAAGAAAUGGUUGUUUGGAGGGAACUUGAAUUUAUGCAUGAUGUUAAAACUGAGGCUGCUCUGAUAAAGAAUUUCAUAAUGAAUCAUGGCAUGCGGCUUUCAAUGUUCAAUCAGUUCAGCCGUUUGAAGUUACUUUCUAUUGCUGAAACAAGAUUUGCCUCUGUUGUAUGUAUGUUGAAGCGGUUUGUUGAUGUAAAAACAGCCCUCCAACAAAUGGUGAUUAGUGACAGAUGGAGUGUGUACAGAGAAGUCAGAGAUGAUUCUCCAACUCCAACAGCCCAAAUUGUCAAGGACUUGAUACUUAGUGAUGUAUGGUGGGACAAGGUGGACUUCAUUCUUAGGAUUACUACUCCUAUAUAUGAAAUGAUUCGUAUAACAGAUACCGACACUCCAUGUCUUCACUUAGUUUAUGAGAUGUGGGAUUCAAUGAUAGAGAAAGUGAAGAAAGUUAUAUAUCGAUAUGAGGGCAAGCAAGAAGAUGAAUCAUCAGACUUGUACUCAGUUAUUUAUGACAUAUUGAUUGCUAGGUGGACAAAAGGAAAUAAUCCACUUCAUUGUUUAGCUCAUUCACUUAAUCCAAGGUACAAAACUACAAACUACCAUUGCAGUUGCAGAUAUUAUUGAUUUCAUUCACUAAAAUCAUAAUGCCAUAUUGCAGAUACUAUAGCAAAAAGUGGCUUGAAGAAGAUGUUGGCCGUGAACCACCCCACAAGGAUAAAGAGGUAUAAAAAAUGAGGAUGGUUUGCUUUAAGAAGUUCUUUCCCAUGCAAGAAGAGUUGGCUAAAGUAAAAGAAGAGUACUCAAGAUUCUCUAGUUGUUCAGAAGAAUUUAAUGAUCCUGACUCAAUCCAUGAUAGAUGGGCUGUUUCCCCUAUGACUUGGUGGACAAAUCAUGGACAAUCUGCUCCCUUAUUGAUGAGUUUGGCCAUGAAAUUGCUUAGCCAACCAGCCUCAUCUUCUUGUUGUGAAAGAAACUGGAGCACCUAUAGCUUUGUCCAUAGUGUCAAGAGAAAUGCCUUAACUCCAGAGCGUGCAGAAGAUUUGGUCUUUGUGCACUCAAAUCUGAGGCAUCUGUCAAGAAGAACUGAAGCAUACAAGUCAGGAGAGACAAGGAUGUGGGAUGUAGGAGGGGAUUCUUUUGAUUCACUUGGUGGUAUUGGCAUUCUUGAAGUGGCUGACCUGUCCCUUGAUGAACCUGAAUUGCAAGUUGUGACUUUUGGUUUGGAUGCUCAGGAGGUUGAUGUUGUGGAAGACAAUUAGACAAAUGAGGAAUAGGAACUUGCUGCUGCAUGAAUUGCAAACCUGAAUAGGCUGAAUGCCUUUUAUUGCUUUUCCUAAAUUUGAGACUACUAUAUUUGAGACCUUCAGACCUGCUGUUCUGUAAUAAUAGUACACUUAAGUAGUUAAUUGUGAGGUUUUAUUGCUAUCAGUUUUAA